AUGCGCGCUUUGAAAAGUUUGCUAGCGAUUGAAAGCGUCCGGCCGUGGCGUGACGAGUUGGCCGUGCAGCCGCGUUUCCAAAGGAUCGUGGGUGGCUCGGUGACAAACAUUAGCAAAUACCCAUAUGCCGUCGCAAUGUUGUAUUCGCGAACCGGCGGUGGUGUACACUCCCAGGCCUGUGGCGGAACCAUCAUAAACAACCGAUCUGUGUUAUCCGCUGCCCAUUGCUUCAUCGGAGAUACUAUACGGCAAUGGCAAAUGCGUGUUGGUUCAACUAACAGUAACAAUGGUGGUGUAGUGCACCACACCAACGCUAUCAUAAUGCACCCUCAGUACAACCAUAGGUUAUUUGACAAUGACGUGGCAGUUAUUCGCUCCAACUCAGCUUUCAACUUCAAUGCCAAUGUGGCUAGAGGAUCUAUUGCCAGCUCCAACUACUGGCUUCCUGACAACGCACCUGUCUGGGCUAUCGGCUGGGGAUGGACUUCCCCGUGGGGACCCGCAUCAAACCAACUCCGCGAGGUACAACUGUACACCGUGAAUCUUCAAACUUGCAUCAACCGCUACAGAGAAAUCAACAACGUGGUAAACGCUAACAUGUUGUGUGUUGGUAUCUUGGACGUCGGUGGCCGCGACCAGUGCGGUGGUGACUCUGGUGGUCCCGUCCUCCAUAACAACGCCGUUGUUGGUGUUUGCUCUUGGGGCUACAUCGACUGCGGCCACCCAAGAUACCCAGGUGUUAAUGCACUCGUGUCCCGUUACACAAGUUGGAUCCAGGCAAACGCUUAA